AUGUGGUCUGGGCCUUUCUCCUGCUAUCAGGGCACCAGCACUGGAUACAGCUGUUGUGGCACCAGAUAUGGUUACGGUUUCAGGCGUUCUGGGUUCUGUGCCCCUGGUUCUCCUCACAUCACUCCCGUAACUUGCAAUGAGACCCUGCUGCGGCCUCUCAGCCUGGGGAUCGAUGCCACGGCUCAAGCAGCCAAAUGUCAAGAGAAGAACGAACUUCAGUGCCUCAACAGCAAAUUUGCCUGCUUUAUUGACAAGGUCCGGGUUUUGGAGCAGCAGAACCUGAUGCUGAAGACCAAGUGGGACUUCUUGCAAGAGAGGAAGAGUCGCAAAAGCAACAUGGAACCCAUGUUUAAUGAGUAUGCCUGCAACCUGAAGAAAGAGCUGGAGUGUCUAGAGCAUGAGAGAGCACAGCGGCAAGCAGAAAUGAAAAACUGGAGAGAGACUCUGGAAUGUAAUAAGAGAAAGUUUGAAGAGGAGUGUCACCAAAGAACAAAUGCAGAAAAUGGAUAUGUGACAAUUAAAAAGGAGGUUGAUUGUGUUUUCAUGGACAAGUCAGAGAAAGAAGCCAAAGUACAGGCCUUGAUGCGAGACCUCUGUUUUUACAGAGCUACUUUUGAGGAGGAGAUCCAGGGGCUGCAGUCUUGCAUUUCAGACACCUGUGUCACAGUGCAGAUGGACAACAGCCGAGGUCUAAAUUUGGACUGUGUCAUUGAGGAAUUCAGGCGUCGGUAUGAAGAUAUAGCCUCCAGGAGCCGUGCUGAGGCUGAGGCUUGGUGCCAGUGCCAGUACCAGGAGUUGAAAACAACUGCUGCCCAACACUGUGACAACCUGCGCAAUGUCAAGGAGGAGCUUGCUGAGAUGACUAGGGUGGUCCAUCGCCUGGAGGCAGAACUUUCCAAUGUCAAAGCGCAGCGCUGCAAACUGGAAGCGGAAGUGGCUGCAUCCGAAGAGCGUGGGGAGAUGGCAAUGAAAGAUGCCAAAUGCAAGCUGGCUGAGCUGGAGGAAGCCCUGCACAAGGCCAAGCAGGACAUGGCCUGCCAACUGCGGGAAUACCAGGAGCUGAUGAGCCUCAAGCUGGCCCUGGACAUCGAGAUCACCACGUAUAGGAAGCUGCUGGAAGGAGAGGAAAGCAGGUUGAGUGAAGGAGAAUGUGCUGUAAACAUCUCUGUGCGAAGAAGCCAGGGAGCAGUUGUGUGCAACACCAAAUCUCAGCCUACAUGUGGACCUCAUGGUGUGUGCAGGCCCACUGGGCAAAUUGUGACACCUCCUCGCACUGGAGUAACAAAGUGUGGCCCAGCCAGAGAUGUGUGUGUUGAUGCCGUGCCUCCUUGCAGGGAUACAGGGAAUUGCAUCCCCUGUGUCAACCCUUGCCCACCUUAUGGAGAUACCUGCCCCCCGCCACAAGGCUUUAGUUGUGGGAGCAAUAGGGGCUCCCAUAUCAAAUUUGCAUCACCUGCUGGUGGUCACUGUAGUCGAAACUACUAG